GUGUGUUCAUGGGACAGUCUAUAUGACUGUGGAUGUGCAGAAUGUGCUGGCUGCACUGUGUGGAUGAAGCUGACCGACCUUCGUCUGGAUACAUGAGCGGUAUAUGAGGGCAGAUUGUCCUGUGCUGUUUCUAUGAACCCCCCACACCUCCCUGUGAAGAAGAUGAGGCUCAUCCCAGAGUUCUUCAAGUGCAAAUGGGCACUGACUGUGCUCUUCAUCCUGGCACUCAUGCACUUGGUGCCUGUUGUUGCUUCUGAUGUCAAUCUGGAUUCAGAACCCGAGUACCCAGGCAUUACCCCCUUCGAUGAGGGGGUCAACCUGGAUGCCCACAGUAGUUCUGCCAAUAAAACCUAUAAACCCCGAAAAUUGUUCCCGGUGCUCGAUCUGGACUACCAUCAUAUUCGUUAUCCGUUUGAGAUCUCUUUAUGGAUUCUUCUGGCUUGUCUGAUGAAACUGGGAUUCCAUGUGAUUCCCACUGUGUCCAAUGUCGUUCCAGAGAGCUGUCUGCUGAUUGUUGUAGGGCUUCUGGUUGGUGGACUUAUCAAAGCAGUAGGUGAAAUCCCUCCAGUUUUAAGUUCCAAAGUCUUCUUCCUGUACCUCCUGCCCCCUAUUAUCCUGGAUGCUGGAUACUUCUUGCCCCUGCGUUCUUUCUCUGAAAACAUGGGAACUAUUCUGAUUUUUGCAGUAGUGGGCACCCUCUGGAAUGCCUUCUUCAUAGGGUCACUGCUUUUUGCAGUGUGCCAGAUUAGUGGGACCCAUCUUACACAUGUAGGCCUCCUAGACAACUUGAUGUUUGGCAGUAUCAUAUCAGCUGUGGACCCGGUGGCUGUACUGGCUGUGUUUGAAGAAAUCCAUAUCAACGAGCUGCUCCACAUUCUCGUGUUUGGGGAAUCCUUGCUUAAUGAUGCAGUCACUGUAGUUUUGUAUCACCUUUUUGAAGAGUUUUCUGGUUUCGAGCAAGUCACAUUCCGUGAUAUAUCUCUGGGGUUCCUGAGUUUUUUUGUUGUUGCCCUGGGAGGGGUGUUUGUUGGAGUGGUAUAUGGAAUUAUCGCAGCCUUCACUUCCCGCUUCACCUCCCACAUCCGUGUUAUUGAGCCCUUGUUUGUUUUCCUAUAUAGUUACAUGGCAUAUAUGUCUGCAGAGCUCUUCCAUCUCUCAGGAAUUAUGGCCCUUAUUGCUUCAGGAGUUGUAAUGCGACCUUAUGUGGAAGCAAAUAUUUCCCACAAGUCUCACACUACCAUCAAAUAUUUCCUGAAAAUGUGGAGCAGUGUCAGUGAGACUUUAAUUUUCAUCUUUCUUGGAGUUUCCACCGUGGCUGGACCUCAUUCCUGGAAUUGGACCUAUGUUAUCUGCACCCUCAUCUUCUGUCUGAUAGCACGCGUAUUGGGUGUUCUUGGAUUAACUUUUUUUAUCAACAAAUUCCGCAUAGUGAAGCUGACACCCAAAGACCAAUUCAUUAUUGCAUAUGGAGGCUUGCGUGGAGCCAUUGCUUUCUCCCUGGGAUAUUUAUUACAUAGCCGUAACAGAGAGAUGUUCCUCACUGCAAUAAUUACAGUAAUAUUCUUCACAGUGUUUGUGCAGGGAAUGACUAUUCGUCCUCUGGUGGAACUUUUAGCUGUAAAGAAGAAACAGGAAACUAAGCGCUCAAUAAAUGAAGAAAUACACACGCAGUUCCUCGAUCAUCUUUUAACUGGAAUUGAGGACAUAUGUGGUCACUAUGGCCAUCAUCAUUGGAAAGACAAGCUGAAUCGUUUUAACAAAACUUAUUUGAAGAAGUGCCUUAUUGCAGGGGAAAGGUCCACAGAGCCUCAGCUCAUCGCCUUUUAUCACAAAAUGGAGAUGAAGCAGGCAAUCGAAUUGGUAGAGAGCGGGGGCAUUGGUAAAAUCCCGUCCGCUGUUUCUACUGUAUCCAUGCAGAAUAUUCAUCCUAAACCUAAGCCAGACAGAAUCCUUCCAGCAUUGUCCAAGGUGAAAGAGGAGGAAAUACGCAAGAUUCUGCGCACAAACUUACAAAAGACCCGCCAAAGGGUAUGCUACUUACAAAAUAAACUUGCUGCUAAUCAUUAUUUGACUGUUCCUGCACACAAGUUGGACUCUCCCACCCUUACCAGAGUUCGUGUGGGUUCAGACCCUGUUGCAUAUGAUCCAAAAUCGGAUUCUGAAAAUGUCCCUGUAAUCACUAUUGACCCAGCUUCACCUGAAUCUGUAGAUAUUGUGGAUGAAACCCAAGAGGAAGAAGAUGAAGGUGGGAUUACAAUGGUAGCAAGAGAGCCACCUUCACCAGGGGCAGAUGAUGUGUUUGGCCCCAGUGACAGCCCUAACACCCAGAGGUUACAACGCUGUUUAAGUGAUCCUGGACCUCAGCCCGAAGAGGACCAGCCUUUCCUGCCAAAGAAGGACUGAUCCAUAAUUCUCUGUUGGACUGAGCCAAACAGCACUGAGAC